AUGUCUUCCAGACCUCGAAAGAAGCAAAAACUCGAGGUCGACAACGAGCCUGAAAACAAACCGCCAAUCGUCUUCAAAUUUAAAGGUUUCGAGCUAGACACGAAGCUCACGGUCUUUUCCCAAGAAUUCCACGUACACUCAUCUGUCUUGAAAGUCAACUCGAUCUUCUUUCGCACGUUUCUAGAUUCGGCGGAUAAGAAAAAGUCAGAUGUCUCAGCGGCUGGCAAGUUCAGAUACAAAUGGAUUACUCAGAUCGAUGAUGAUGGUGAAGGUUGGCAUUUUGUGUGUGACAAUGCGAAGAACAAAGUCAAUUCCACAAUUCCCUCGACUUAUAAGGACUUUAACCGCCAAGAACACUUCUUUCACACGAUCAUGAGAGCUAUUCAUGGGCUGCCAUAUAAUAUCAAAGGCUGGGCUGAUAUCGAAUGCUUGACAGACCUGGCGGAUUAUUAUGGCGCCCUCCGAUCAGUUUCUGCUGGACUAGGAAGUGCAACGCUUACGGUACCAAAUCUAUUCGAAUCGCUGAAAAAAGAGGCCUUCAAGGUGCUCCCAUUGGCGAUAAAAUUGCGCAAUGAGAACUUGUUCAGAGACUGCGUAAUCUGGUGCAUGGGCCCUUACGACAACCCACAACGCCGAAAGAUCAAGGACGAGAAUCUUCGUGCAGUCGUCAAAAAAAUCUCCGAACGACUCGAUGAGAGGGUCAGAGAAGUAGAAGCGCGUAUUACCGAGUAUUUCCCAAAAACUGGUCGUAAAGUAUCCCGAUCUUAUCCCUCUUAUUUCUUGGACAAAUCGGAAAGUAUGGCGUAUGAGAUUGGAAAAGGAGAACACUCUGCGGUCUUCGGCGACAUCCUCAAAAACAGUCUCAUCUUGCAACCAGAACUUGAGGCAGGCGAUUACGAAGCUGAUAAUUAUUUUCUGAAUGUGAAGUUAACCGCGGAAGAUAUCCCAUGGGACACCAAGGAGGUGGAUUGGUAG